CCCAGAGUUCCUCGCGUGCAGGUGGCAGCCUCCGCCCGCAGCGCGCGGCGACUCCGGAAGUCCCGUGCAGGGCCCGGUGGGCCCUGAGCCUGGGCGGCUAUGGCAGUGGCUACCGUGGCGGCACUACUGGCCGCACUGGGUGGGACCCUGUGGCUGGCGGCCCGGCGGUUCGUGGGGGCCGGCGUCCAGCGGCUGCACGGAGGCGGGAACGCCGGCCUCAUGCACGGGAAGACCGUACUGAUCACGGGGGCCAACAGCGGCCUGGGCCGCGCCACGGCCGCCGAGCUGCUGCGCAUGGGGGCGCGGGUGAUCAUGGGCUGCCGGGACCGCGCGCGCGCCGAGGAGGCGGCGGGUCAGCUCCGCCGCGACCUCCGCCAGGCCGGGGGCCCCGAGCCGGGCCCUGACGCCUGCGGGGCGGGCGAGCUCGUCAUCAAGGAGCUGGACCUCGCCUCGCUGCGCUCGGUGCGCGCCUUCUGUCAGGAGAUGCUCCAGGAAGAGCCCAGGCUGGACGUCCUGAUCAAUAACGCAGGGAUCUUCCAGUGCCCUUAUACAAAGACAGAAGAUGGCUUUGAGAUGCAGUUUGGAGUGAACCAUCUGGGGCACUUCCUACUCACCAAUCUUCUCCUUGGACUCCUCAAAAGUUCAGCGCCCAGCAGAGUUGUGGUAGUGUCUUCCAAACUUUAUAAAUACGGAGACAUCAACUUCGAAGAUUUGAACAGUGAGCAAAGCUACAAUAAAAGCUUUUGUUACAGUCGGAGCAAACUGGCUAACAUUCUUUUUACCAGAGAACUAGCCCGCCGCUUAGAAGGCACAAAUGUUACUGUCAAUGUUUUACACCCUGGCAUUGUGCGGACUAAUCUAGGGAGACACAUACACAUUCCACUGUUAGUCAAACCACUUUUCAAUUUGCUGUCGUGGGCUUUCUUCAAAAGCCCAGUGGAAGGUGCCCAGACGUCGGUCUAUUUGGCCUCUUCACCGGAGGUCGAAGGUGUGUCAGGAAAGUACUUCGGGGAUUGCAAAGAGGAAGAGCUACUGCCGAAAGCCAUGGAUGAGUCUGUUGCAAGGAAGCUCUGGGAUAUCAGUGAAGUAAUGGUUGGCAUAUUAAAAUAGACACAAGUUGUGUAAGAGCUAUUUAUAAAACUGGUCAUCAGUUACAUCUGUGAUCAGGAAUGGGGUGUGGCCUGAGCACUUGUUACUUGAAAACAAUUUUGGUUUCACAUAGUACUGCUAGAAAGUACAUAAGGAUAUGUGAAGUUAUGAAAAAGUUAUGUUUUGAAAAACUAAAUUUCAGAAAAGAUGUUAUAAAUAAUAAACAUAAGUAUAAUGAACAACACAAUUAUAUAUUUUUUAAAAUUGUAAUUGAAAAAGCAUGGAUUACAAACGUUACUUAAAAGAGACACCUUGAGAAGCUUUAAAAAUAUCUUUGAGUUUCAUGGCCAAACUGUUAAAUAUUUCUAUUAUAAUGCUGGUAUGGAAAUAAUAUGCCUGGUGUGUGUACACAGUUCUUACUUGAAAUAAAUUGAUGAAAAUUC